GGAUGAAGCUUCCCAUUUCCAUCACUUCCUCUUUUUUGAGCAUCUAAACCGUAUAUUUGAAUUAGUACCAUCUGGCCGGAGCUUCUGGCAAUAUUGUCCAUCCAUGGCGGACCGAUAUUCCUUCUCCCUUACCACCUUCUCUCCCAGUGGAAAACUGGUUCAGAUUGAAUAUGCUUUGAAUGCUGCCAACCAGGGUACCACUGCGCUCGGCAUCAAGGCUACAAAUGGCGUCGUGCUAGCCACAGAGAAGAAAUCCUCAUCAACCUUGAUCGAGCCAGACUCGCUAUCCAAAAUCUCCCUGGUCACCCCCGAUAUUGGAAUGGUAUAUGCUGGUAUGAGCCCCGACUACCGGGUGCUUGUAGACAAGGCCCGAAAAGUCUCGCACACCGGCUACAAGCGCAUCUAUAACGAGUAUCCCCCGACCCGUAUAUUAGUUCAAGACGUCGCUCGUGUCGUUCAGGAAGCUACACAGUCCGGUGGUGUUCGCCCAUACGGUGUUAGUCUACUCAUUGCCGGUUGGGAUGAAGGUGUUGAGCCCGAGGUUGCCGAACAAACAGAGGAAGAAGGGCCAGAAAAGAAGGCAACUGGAAAGACUGGCGGUAUUUUGAAAGGCGGCCCUAGUUUAUACCAGGUCGAUCCUAGUGGAAGUUAUUUCCCCUGGAAAGCUACAGCUAUCGGCAAGAGUGCGACGAGUGCCAAGACGUUCCUCGAGAAGCGCUACACUGAGGGACUGGAAUUGGAAGAUGCGAUUCACAUUGCUCUUCUUACUUUGAAAGAGACAAUUGAGGGAGAGAUGAACGGUGAUACUGUUGAGAUUGGUAUCGUCGGACCGCCCGCAGAUCAUUUACUAGGUUAUCAAGGAUUGGAAGGCGCUCGCGGCCCUAGAUUUAGAAAGCUCACCAAGGAGGAGAUUGAAGACUAUUUGACCAACCUAUAAAAGCACUGCUAUCUUAACGUUUAGCAAAAUUCAUGCCCCUAUGUGCCAUUGUACUAUAGUUGGUCGCGUCUUCGACUCUCUUGGUAACGAACGUCUAAGUCUAGAUAAUGAAUAGUA